ACUUUGUCCAAUUUGUAGGCUUUUACCGGCUAUAAGUUAAUUCAGUCUUGUUUAUAUUUUUAAAACGUUCGGUUGUGUUUUUUGUCUGUUGAAAGCCAGACAAACCAGCGUAAGAUUUUCAGUAUAUUUUGCAAUCUAUUGAAGUGUUCAAAGUUUUCAGAGCCAUUUUUUCAAUUUAUAACCCAUUAUGGAUCGGGCGUCUAUUUACUUCAUGGACGAAAGUCAACAAAAUACUUACGAUUUUGAUGAAGAAUUACCACCGCUUCCCCUGCCAGAUUUACACGAUACUAUGCAAAGAUAUUACGAAAGUGUUAAACCUUUUGGAACUGCAGAAGAGUUGGCUGUUACACGUAAAGCUAUAGAGGAUUUUGAAAAUGGUAUUGGGUCUGAAUUACAUGGUAAACUAAAAGAACGGGCAGGCAAAUUAAAAAAUUGGCUAGGUGAAUGGUGGGAUGCCUAUGCUUAUCACAUGCUAAGAUUACCACUAAAUCCCUAUAUUGUAAUGGCUAUGCCCGUCAAAUUGGAAGUUAUUGGUCUUACUGAAACUCCAGAAAUGGCCUUAAAGAAUUUAGCACGUUUUGCUUAUCACACUAUUGAAUUUUGGGAUUUACUGCAUAAGGCCACGAUUAAACCGUUAUCUUCAAAUGGUGGUAAAAUUAAGUAUUCCUCUGCUUUGUAUAAACGUUUCUAUUCCACCAGCCGUAUUCCAGGUUUAGUUGAUCACAUAGAAUCGCAUUUCAAGACUGUUAAGAUGGUAAAACAACCCUCCCACUGCUUGGUUUCGGGUAAAGGUCGUAUUUUCAUGUUUGAUUGCUUACAUCCCAGCGAUGGUACCUUAAUUACUCCUCUAGAAAUUUUAGUGGUACUUCAAAGAAUACGCAGUAUUUUAGAUAACGAACCAAUGGGUGAUUGUGUACCAGUUUUAACACAUGAUGAUCGUACUAGUUGGGCAGAGAAUCGCACACGUUUAUUAGAGCUGUCGCCCAAUAAUAAAGACACUUUGAAAUUGAUAGAAAGUUCUUGUGUAGUUUUAGUGCUCGAUGAAAAUGAGCCGCGGGACUAUGCCGAAAUUUCACAAGCAGCCGUAUAUGGUGAUUAUCAUUCAAAGUGGGGUGAUCGUAGCAGUACCUUAAUCAGUUACAAAAAUGGAAAAUUCGCUUGUGUGGGAGAGCAUUCCUGUUAUGAUGGCACUGUUAGUGUUAGCUACAUUUUGUUUAUACAACUAAGUUUAAUUGAAGAACCUGAACCCAAUUGGGAUGAAUGCAAUUUGAUGCCUUUGGUACCAAUAAGAGAAAUAAAAUGUAUUAAUGACAAAUUGAGAUCGGAAAUAGAACGCGUUAAACAGGCUUGUGAUGAAAGAGGUCAUGAUGUUUUAAUCACUCAUGAAUUAUUUGAAGAUUAUGGUAAAGAAUAUAUUAAGACAUGUAAAUUACAUCCAGAUUCUUUUGUACAAGUCAUUAUGCAAUUAGCAUACACAGAAAUGCACGAAGAGAUUGCUUCCACUUAUGAAACUGCUUUGAUGCGUCAUUAUUACAAUGGACGCACAGAAACCCUUAGAUCUUGCACUAAUGAAGUACAAUUUAUACAAAUUGCACGUAAUACAAAUUCGUCAAAAGCAGAAAUUGUUAAUGCUUUUCGCAAAGCCGUCAAUCAUCAUAACCAUAUGAUGAAUGAAGCCCGCAAAGGGCAUGGAAUUGACCGUCAUUUGUUCGGUUUAUGGUGUACAGCUUACGAAAAUAAAAUUGAUAUACCAGAUUUCUAUUCAGAUCCACUAUAUUUGAAAUCAGGGGGUGGUGGUAAUUUUGUCUUAUCUACCAGUACUUUGGGUUAUUCAGUAAAUGUGGGCUUCGUUGCACCUAUGGUGUUGGAUGGAUAUGGCGUCUUUUAUACCAUAACAGGAGAACACAUUUUUAUACAAACUUCUGCUUUUCGUGAUAGUCAGAAAACUAGUGCCCACAAAUUUAAUCAACACUUUAUAAAUGCAUUCCGUAAAAUGAAGUCAUUACUAGAAGAAGUGUCACAGUCAAAACUAUAAUCCAGUGUGUAAAGUUAACCAUAUUAAUAUACAUAUGUAGUUGUAAGUAGUUUAAGUUAUAUGUAUAAUUGGUGCCGUGCAAUAAUUACAAAUCUGAGUGUAUAAUAUUUUAAUAUUUUUUGAAUUUUGAAAAUACCAAUAAUUGUCUACUUUUAUAAUUUAAGAUAAAUUUUAAUAUAUUCAUAGGCAUAUCCAGUUUAAUCGAGUGUGUAUUUUUUAUAUUAUCUGUAUUUAUCUACAUGAAAUAGCAUUUAAAUAAAUUUGUAUAAAAAUAUUAUGUUAUAA